AUGCAGUGCAAGGAUGUCCUGAAAUGUGGUUUAAUGCGCAUGACAGAUGAUGCCAUUCAGCAAGCCACUCUCACAAAGCAGGCCUCACGUGAACCCAGUCACCUCUGUGUCAUAUUAACAGUGUGGGAGAUAGAAGAGGCAGAACGCCAUGCGGAACUCCUACAUCUGCUGCAGCACAACAAUAUGGAAAUAUACAAGGAAGCCAACGACGAGGCUUCCUUGUUUGAGAAGCUCUUAUCGGACUGGUCCUCGACAGAAGUGCAAAAUGACCUUAAACUCAACCUGGCAUCCUACCACAAUGAUUUGACAUCGUUGGCCAACACAGAUCAACUACUUGAUAAAUUUGAGAACCAUGCUCAAGAUCGCAACCUCAUUAUAUCACAAGAAGAAUUUGCAAGGGACCUAAAAACCUUGAUGACUGUCACAGUUGUUAAGUCAAAGAAGGGCAAAGGAAAAGCAAAGAGGGUGUCUCCCUCUGACUCAUACUACAGAUCUGGGUAUGAUGUUAACUUGAAUGAUCAAUCUGGCAUGGGCAUCAACCCUUCAAGCUCCUAUGAUGCAUCAUUUGGUGUCCCAGUCCCAUCCAUGCAACCUGAUCGUCACGAUAACAUCAUCAUCCCUCCUGACACCAACUUUGCUGCUCUCAACACCAACAUCGGCGCUGCUCCCAACUCCAAUGUUCCCCCCUACAAUCCAUACUUUGCUGCACCCAAUCCAUACUUUGCCACUGCACCCAAUCAAUACUUUGCUGCACCUGGCCCUAACAUCAUUCCCCUCAAUCCCUGCAUUGCUUAUCGCAAUGCCAACUUCACUCCACCCAAUCCUAAUUUCAUUCCACUCAACCCUCACCCCCCUGCCCCUAGCAGCACUGCCCUCAACAUCAUUGCCCCCUGUCCUCAGUUGGCUAUCAACACUGCUGCUCUUGAGCUAGUGAUGGAAUCCUGCAGAAAGCUGCUGUUUUGGCGCCAAUGGGCAACUGAAGGACAUGCAUCAGUUCGCAGCCAACCAUAUGAUUUGAUGGCAUGUCAAAGGUCAUUAUGCAAUGACCACUCGCAAGCUUGGCAAGGUGAGUUUGAGGGUGAGGUUUCAAUGCCUGAGGGUAUGCCAGGGGUUCCAGGACUCGAUAUGAGGGUACUGCUCCCUCACCUGACAGCAGGCUGUUCUAUGUCAGGUUCAACAGGGGGGCCCUCUGUGGCGGUCCUUCUGACAGUGGAAUCUGAGAUAAAUGAUCAAGCAUGCGACAAGAUCAAAAGUCUGCUUUUGAACGACAACUUUAUGUUGCAUAGGGAUGUGCUAGUAUUAGCGAUGAACAACGCCAUCGUCAAAGCCAUGAUGAAGAAUAUUAGCAAUCAAGGCAGGCACUUGCUUGUUUUACACUGCAAACAAAUGGAUUUUGAAGAACAGUGGAAAGGCAAGAAAGAGCCUCAGGAUGACUUGGCAGUGGCACCCUUUGGACAUGUGUCUGUUGCACAAAUGGUCCAAGCAAUCAUUAGACAGUUUUGCUGUCACCUUCCUGAUAACAAUGACAAUAUCAAUGUCGACAAUAUUGUCGCAUUUGUGGUGACCAUGCUAUGGUUUGCAUUGAGAGAAUUUUCGAAUGGGACAUACAUACUGUCUGAGUUUGUUGCCGAGGGGGAGAGAGCAAUGUACAAUGAAGUCUUAAAUCGCAUUAAGGAACUCAAUGAAACCAACUUAGAGUUUUACCUUCUUACGAUCAAACACAUCUUCAAGUUACUAUAG